AUGAUGCAAGAAUACAUUAAUCAAACAAAAAAUGCAAAUGGCAACAUAAAUAAUUCAUCUUUCAUGGCAUCUACAUUUUGUAAUCGUAUGAGACUAGCGCCGCCUAAACUACCAAGUUUUAAUGGAAAUAUAGAGGAGUGGGAAUCAUUCUACAACGUUUUUUGCUCAAUGGUACAUUCAAAGGACUACGAUCCAGUGGAAAAAUUCUGUCACCUACGGUCAGCAUUAAGUGGUUCAGCAGCAGAGAUAAUAAAAUCAAUUCCUCUGACUGAUGAAAACUAUGAAGUAGCAUUGCGUAAGCUCAAGAAAAGAUAUAAAAAUAAAGCCCUAAUUAUUCAGUCACAUAUCAAAGCAUUGUUGAAUAGUCCAAGAAUAACCAAUGCAUCAGCAAGCAGUCUUGAAAAAUUACACUCUCAUGUAGAAGGAAAUUUAUCUGCAUUAGAAGUGCUAAAUGAACCGGUAGAUCAGUGGGACUCUUGGCUUGUCACCAUUAUUUUAGGUUGUUUAGACGAGGCAACGAGUCAUGAAUGGCAAAAUAGACAAACAACUACAGAUAUGCCCAAGUAUAAAAAUCUAGAGCAAUUUUUAGCGGGUAGAUGUGCGCUGUUUGAAACUUCAGAGGCAUGGGAUAAUUGUGGUGUUGAAACCAGGAAAGGGAUAGGUCGGCAUGCAGCCAACAGGAAAAUUACACUGGCAACGGCAAUGGGUGGGGAGGUGUGUUCAACAAAGGGUUCACUGGUAAAGUCGGUCGCAUGUCCGGUGUGUAAUGGAUUACACAAAAUUUAUGCGUGUGCACAAUUUAAAUCUAAAACUCCGUCAGAACGAUUAACAAUAACGAGAAAUCUUAAGCUGUACUUCAAUUGUUUUUCAAACAUGCAUACGGUGGCACAAUGCAAUGGUGGUACAUGUCGUGUUUACAAUCGUAAACAUAAUUUCUUAUUACAUUUUCCUAUUACAAGUUCACAAAACAGUAGUGAAAGUAAAAAUGAAGUGUCAGCAACAUCUGAAGAGCAAGAAAUUGGACCCGUAACAGCUUUGUGUAACAAGGAAGCACAUAGUGAAAUUUUACUAGCCACUGCACUAGUAAAAGUUAUGGAUUCGACUGGGAAUUGUCAUCAUUUACGAGCUAUGCUUGACAGUGGAUCUCAAAUAAACAUAAUUAGUAAGAGAACAGCACAUAAAUUAAAUUUAAUUACGAAAAAGGGUGUGCUGUCAAUACGAGGAGUAGGAGAAGUACGCACGAAUUCAGCCUUUCGAACGACAAUCGAAAUUCAAUCAUUGUAUUCACAAAGGUCAUGGAUGUUAGACUGCCAAGUAGUGGACCAAGUGCUUAACCUUUUACCCAAUAAUCACAUUUCUACAGAGACGUGGCGUAUACCUGAAGACAUACAACUACAACUUGCUGAUCCUAAUUUCAUGAAACCAGGACCAAUAGAUUUAUUAAUAGGAGCAGAAAUAUUCUUUGAUAUGUUAGAAACUGAAAAACGAGAAAUCACCGUGGAUUACUAG